AUGAAAUCAUUAGAUUUAAUAUAAUAAGUAUUAUUAAUAUAACAGGCAGAUCCUUAAGAAAGAUUUAAUCCUUGCAUAUUUCCAUUAUAUUGUUCAUGUGGUUUAUGCUUUGUCAAUUGUUGCGAAUAAGAAAACAUAUAUCAGUUAAUAAAAUCAGAUGAAAACUUCGAACAUCGUGAAUUCAUUUAUAAAUUUACAGAAGAAAAGAAAUUUUUCUUAUAAAAAUGUUGUUUUCCGCCUUCACAUAGAUCUUUAGAAAUUAAAGGCGAAAAUAUAUACAAAGAAACUAUUAUUUAAAUUGAAAAACCUUUUAAAUGCACUUUUUUAUGUUUUGCAAGACCUUAAAUGUUGAUUAAUUAUAAAAACUUAUAUAUAGGAAAAGUUUUAGAGCCAUUUACUUGCUAAAUAUUCACUUGCUUAUUUCAUGAACUUGAGAUUUAUGAUAAAAACGAUUCUUUAUCUUAUUUAUUAAAAGCUUAGUUAUUUCAAGGAGGAGUAUUUUGUGCUUCUUGUUUUGGUAAUAGUUGCUAAAUUAUAGAGUAUAAUAUAUUUAAUAGAAACGAUGAAAAAGUUGGAUCAAUAAAACAUAUUUUCGAUGGACUCUAAAAAGAAUACUGUACAAAAGCUGAUAAGUUUGGUAUUACUUUUCCUUUCGAUGCUACUGUUGAAGAAAAAGUAUUAAUUAUUUGUGCAACUAUUUUGAUAGAUUAUUUAUUAUUUGAAAAUUUUUGA